GUCAAAAGUUAGUCCAAAUAUAAGGUGUACUGUGAAACAAAAUCGAAACGAAGGCCAGAACUUUCUCAAUUCCGAUUCUACAGAGUUGUUUCAGUUUUAUAGACAAGAAAUGGAAUCUAGCAGGGGUGGCCAGAAUGGAAUUCAACUCCUUUUAGCUGCCGAGCAGGAAGCCCAACGCAUCGUCAAUGUUGCCAGGACUGCUAAACAAGCUAGAUUGAAGCAGGCCAAGGAGGAAGCUGAGAAGGAGAUAGCUGAAUUCCGUGCUUACAUGGAGGCUGAAUUUCAGAGAAAGCUUGAACAGACUAGUGGUGACUCAGGUGCUAAUGUCAAACGUCUUGAGAUUGAAACUAAUGAAAAGAUCGAACACCUGAAGACUGAAGCGUCAAGAGUCUCUGCUGAUGUUGUCCAAAUGCUUCUGAGGCACGUAACCACAGUGAAGAACUAAAAUCUUCUGUGGAUGUAGUGGGUCACGCUUAAUGUCGUUUUGCAGAUUUAUGCUCCCCUCAUUCAUGGUUCUUGUGCUUGAUCAGUCCGAUGGAUGUUCACCAUUUGUAUCGUAUGUUUGUUAUCAUUAUUUAUUGUCUUGCUCUGUUGAAUAAAGUAACUCAUUUGAGCUCCUUUCUACCUAUGUUUUGUAAACGAAAGAUCAGAAACCAAGGUUCAGCGUCUAGGCAGCACAUCAGUUUCUUAUGUAUCUAGAUUCCAAGGAGUUAUGUAAUGAACUUGUCUCUGCAUGUAUUGUGUUAUAUGAAGUGAUGCAGCUGUAAACAGGAGUGUGACUUUCUUUCUGUUGAUAAAUUUGCAGUUUCAAUAUG